GUAAAACAUCGCUCUGACCAGUUGUAUUCGAUCUUCACAAAGCGCGUACUAGCCGCGUUCAAACAAACCGCGAUAUCAAAUAGUUUCGAAUUGUGUAUUACAUAGUAUUUCAAAUGGAUAUAGAAUUAGGGUGUGAUGACAAUAAAAAAUAUUAUCGUAAUUUAACCGUAUUCCACGAUCUCGAAUGCAAAACCUCUGAAAAAGUAUUAUUCCGAAGGAGUAGAGCUUCAAAAUCAGAAGAACAGUACAUUUUGAAGGGCGUAUGUGGCGCCAUUCGUCCGGGAAGACUCACCUUCAUACUAGGGCCGUCGGGAGCCGGCAAGACUACACUAUUGAAAAUUCUAGCCGGGCGCAAAAAGAACGGAGUGACAGGUCACCUACAGGGUCCAGGCCGUAACGUGGUGCUGGUGGCUCAACACGCGACUCUCAUCGACACGCUGACGGUGCGAGAGACACUCCAGUUUGCCGCCUCGCUGAAGUUACCCCAUGCGUCACGCCAUGAACGUAUUACCACGAUGGAAUCAGUGGCAAAGCAGCUGGGUAUACGAGAGGUGUUCGACACUAGAGCCGGGAGACUGUCGGGCGGCGAGCGCAAGCGACUGACUAUAGCUUGCGAACUGCUGACCGACCCCACAGCCAUGCUGGUCGACGAACCCACCAGCGGACUAGACUCCGUAUCGUCGAUGUCAGUGGCCCAAGCUCUCAAAUCCGUGGCAAACAGUGGGCGGACCGUUGCCUGUGUGAUCCACCAGCCUUCGUCUCAGCUGUUCAACUCCGCCGAUGACGUCAUACUCCUCGCCAACGGCAGGACCUUGUACGCCGGCGCGAUCGCAGAUGUACCAGAUUUACUUAAAAAAUUCGGCCUUGUGUGCCCACUUUAUUACAACCUGGCGGAUUACCUUUUGGAGAUCGCAAGUAGUGAAUGCGCCAGCCAAUUACCACAAUUAGAAAAAGAAGCCAACACAUACGCCAUUGAAAUGAAAAAGAUAGCAGAUAAAGAAGCUCAACACAGGAAUGGAAAAGAUAACUCAGCCGAAACAGAAGCUUUACUAAAACCAAACAUAGACUACACGGAAACAUACGCGGCCGGAUUCGGCCAGCAGAUGUGUGCACUUUUACAUAGAGGGUACUUGGGAGCCCUUCGAGAUGUCUACUUGACACAGAUAAGGGUCACAACCCACUUCAUAGUAGCACUAUUACUGGGCGCGUUGUACCAUGGAGCGGGAGCUGAAGCCAGCCGUAUGGUGUCCAACACCGGAUGUCUGUUCUUCUUUUUGCUCUUCCUCUAUUUCUCCAACUCUAUGCCAACCAUACAAACUUUUCCAGUGGAGUCGACUGUGGUGUUACAGGAGCACCUCAACAAAUGGUAUUAUUUGACCACCUACAGCGCUGCUAAAAUAAUAGUGGACCUGCCAAUACAGUUACUAUGUGCAACAGUAUUCGUCUUCCCGGCGUGGUACUUAACGUCGCAGCCUCUGGAGCUCUAUAGGAUAGGACUGGCGUGGCUCAUCUGCGCCCUGAUCACCAUCCUAGCGCAGACAUUCGGCCUCGUUAUAGGUGCUGCGUGUGGAGUCAAGUUGGGACUCUUCGUCAUCCCCGCCGCGAACAUCCCCAUGCUAAUGUUCUCCGAAUUCUUCAUCCCUUACCACGAGAUGCCAGUUUACUUGCAACCCUUCGCUCUGAUAUCAUACUUCCGUUACGCUUUCGAUGCUUUCCUACAAACAGUAUACGGAUUCGGUAGACCGAAACUGCCGUGCAAUAAAGUUUUUUGUUUCUUCAAAUACCCAGACAAGUAUUUAGAUCAUUUGGGUCUAACUCAAAAUUUCACCAACGAUGUUGUAGCCCUGCUUGUGUGGAUUCUAAUUUUGAAAAUUUCUCUCGUGUGCGUGUUAAAAUACAGAGUCUACAAAGCGUGCAGAUAAUGUUGGUACUGUAUAUUAAUUUAACUUAAAUCCAUGAAUUAAGUUUAGACAUAAGGUUAAGGUGCUAUUCGAUAUAACAAAAAGUUCAAAUUUAAUGAACGCGAAUUGUAUGACUACUAAUUAUUAAUAGUUCAAUAAUAUAUUCUUUUAAAAUAUACACAAUACGUACAAUAAAAUAUAAUUAUCUUAAUAUUAAUUUUACAUAUUUAUAGAAAAUAAUAUUAUUAUUUUGACAUUGACAAUAAGACUGGCUCGAGAUAAAUUAUACCGAAGUUUAUUUUAUUAACAAAUACCUACCUGAUGAUUAUGUAGAUAUAAGUACCUACUUAUAUGUAUGUAUAUUGUAUAAAUAUAAUUGUAUAGGUUUAUAUAAAAACGUAUUAAUUAAAUUAACUACACACAUUAUUUGACAUUAAUACGAACAAAGUAGUAAGAUAAUUUGAUUAAAUAGAUAGGGGCUUAUUUAAUCUCAGAAGUAGGAAUGCUAGAUACCUACUUUAUCUGUAUAAACAUACCUACUAAUCUAUUUGGCUGUAAGAUAACAAAAUCUAAUUUAUCUAACGACUUAUUAAAUAGUUGACCAUUGACCCUAAUUAAAAAGAGCUUUAGAUGCCAAAAAGAGAUACAUACGUACCUACUAGGCUACGUUCCACUAAGCGAUCAAGACGACCAAAAUACUCGAGCCUUGGUGGAUUUAUAUUAUUUACAUCAACGUUCAAAACGCUCCAUAAUCCAUUCCAAUUGAGUAUAUGGUUUCAACGACCGCAAGCAAGUGAAACGGCAUAGCUGUAGUCGUGAGCGUAGUCGCUGUGAUCGCUUAGUGCAACGUAACCUUAGCAAGAUAAAAUUAUGAUAUUAAAAGAUCCGUAUUAAAAACGACCUUCACCCAUCUGUUUAUUUGAUGAAAACUGUUGUAUAUUUUAUAUCAAAUUUAGUACGUUAAAAAUAUAUGGCCAAACUAUUAUUAAUCAUUAUAAACUAUCAUUAAUGAUAGUUUGACCAAGAGUUUUGAGGUGACCUACUCACAAUAUAUUUUUAACGUUUUUUUUUUUAGUCUGUACAAGUUAGCCCUUGACUACAAAUUACAAUCUCACCUGAUGGUCAGUGAUGAUGCAAUCUAAGAUGGAAGCGGGCUAACUUGUUAGGAGGAAGAUGAAAAACCACACCCCUUUUGGUUUCUACACGGCUUCGUACCGAAACGCUAAAUCGCUUGGCGGUACUUCUUUGUCGGUAGGGUGGUAACUAGCCACGGCUGAAGCCUCCACCAGCUAGACCUGGACCAAUUAAGAAAACUUCAGUCGGCACAGCCGGGGAUCGAACCUAGGACCUCCGUCUUGUAAAUCCACCGCGCACACUACUGCGCCACGGAGGUCGUUUCUAAUUAUAGAUUUUAGACUAUGACAUAAGUGCACUUGGUUAAAUGUAAUUAAAUUCUACAGUUGUGUUACUCAUGUGAGUCAAUGUCAUGUGACAAAUUUUGUUACUUUCAAUAUUAGAUACUUAUUGACGUAACGAGCUUUGAAAUGAAUUCGAAAUUAAGUGACACCACAGAAAAUGACACUAUGCUCUCUUUUUCUAACAGAGAUUAUUAUUAAGCGAAUCCUUUGACAAGUAACUGCUUCUGUAGCCAAGUGGCACGACGAUUCUUUUUCUACGAUCGCAAACGCUUGGAAAACUAGAAAAAUGUAUGGGAAUGACAGAUCUCGAUCAUUUGACCAGUCGAUAGCAAAUGUCAUUCCCAUACAUUUUACUAGUUUUCAAAACGUUUGCGAUUGUAGAAAGAGAAUCGACGUGCCACUACGCUACAGGGGCUGGUUGGUAUAAAAUCACCACCAAAACCCAUCAUAGCUAAUUUAGAACUACUUAAUUUAGUUGAAAUCAAACCUAGGACGCUCUCUCGCUCACCAGAGAUCAAACAUAUACUUAUCUUUGAAAUCAGGUUUUACAAAUGCUUGCCUAUUAGGUACAAGACCUGCUAUGCUAUUCUGUAACGAUAUUUUUAUAACUCGCAAGUGCGAGUUUCAUCUGUCUCUGUUUAACACGAUACUUUAGAAUGAGAAAGAUAGCGGUGAAUUCGAAAUUCAAAAUUCGCACUUGCGAGUUAAACAAAACAUCGUUAGAUCAUCCAUGCUGAAGUAAAAAAAUUGGUUCCUCGGAAGAUAUACAUGAAAAUGUUGUACCUUCUAAUUCAGAUAAUCUCUCUUAUCAACCUUACCUUUUAAAGUAGAAAGGGGUUCUAAGAUUUUCGUAUGAGCGGUGGUUAAUGAGUUAAAGACUGCUAAUUUGAUUUCAUUAGAAAAAAAUGCCGCCUUGGCAUAAAAUAUAAUCUGUCCUGAUUUUUUUCAAAUGGGUAAAGUUCAAUCUAAUUCAUAAGAGGUAUAUUCUGGACUGGAUAUAAAUUUAUUUUAUAUACAACUACGAGUACCUAUAUACUUGUAGAUACGUAGAACUUAGACGACAACUCUGAUAUGUUAACAUGAUACGUACAUUAAACAUUGCAACCUUAAUUUGUGCACUGUAACAAGUGAUUUAUUGAUGUGAUUUUUAUAAUUAUAAUAAAUUAUAUUUUCAUAUGAA